CCAAUAAUAUCAGGCUUUGAUAUUUCACGAGAAAUUAGAGCAAUGGAACCACCGAUUUCAAAUAUACCAAUUAUUGUUCUUACUACUUUACCUAUGAAAAAAAUACAAAAUGAAUGUAUCGAGUCUGGAAUUAAUGGUUAUCUUGCAAAACCACUGAAAGCUGAUGAACUUGAAGAAGUUUUAUCUAAGUGGAUUAGUAAAAAUUAG